AAGGGAAUGCCGUUGAGGCGGAAAGCGGCCGUUAGAGCGGGCGGACCGAGCAGAGGACUUAAUCCAAACCUUUGGCCUUAAUUAAAAUUAAUUAGUUAAUUGACGCCGAAGAAGAAAAGGGAGAGAAGAGGGUAUUAAAUAGAAAAGGAAUAAAAAAAGCCUCUUCCUCAGACAUUUUUGGGGACUCUAACUCCCAUCACUCCUCUGAAGCUAAGGCUGAUGGGAGUUGUAGUCCGCCUCCAUCUUGCUUUGGUGCCCUCAGGUCAGGAGGAGAACCUCAAAAUGCAUCCGGUCAACGAAGAACCUGGAUCAGGAGCGAAUGAUGCCAAGGAAGGGAACGGCCAAGAGACAGAGGACCAUGAAGAAGACAAUCUUGUGCCCAGCAGCAAGGACGGCUUAAUAAAAGAAGAACUACAGUCUCAGCUGCCAGAAGGAGAGCAAGGGAAGCAAGCGGAUAUUAAACAUGAACAAGCGACGUUAGAAAUGGAUGGGAAUGAAGAACCAAAUAAAGGAGAACCAGCGCCACAGAAGAGAAGCGACUCUGUGAGUGACGUAUAUCAACAAAAUCAGCCGAAAACAAAUGGUGAUCAAAAGCCAGUGACUGCCUCGUCCCGUGGCGGCGUCAGGAUGACCAAAAAGCUAUUGAGAGAUCUCUGCAAACAGCACAAGUUAUACGUGACCCCAUCCUUGAAUGACACCCUGUAUCUUCAUUACAAAGGAUUUGAUCGUCUGGAGAACCUGGAAGAAUAUACAGGGCUGAGGUGCCUGUGGUUGGAAUGCAAUGGGCUGACCAAGAUUGAGAACCUCACCGCUCAGACAGAUUUGCGUUCCCUUUAUCUGCAGCUCAAUUUGAUUAAUAAGAUUGAGAAUCUUGAACACUUGCAAAAGCUGGAUUCUCUCAACCUCAGCAACAAUUACGUCAAGACCAUCGAAAACCUCUCUUCCUUGAAAGUUCUGCAUACUCUUCAGAUUGCUCAUAAUAUGCUAGAGACUGUUGAAGACAUCCAGCACUUACAGGAAUGCCCCAGUAUUAGUAUUCUUGACCUCUCUCACAAUAGACUGGACGAUCCAAAUAUUUUAGAUGUCCUGGAGACCAUGCCUGAUUUGCGUGUGUUGAACUUAAUGGGAAAUGAAGUAAUUAAGAAAAUUGCUAAUUAUAGGCGAACACUUACCAUCCGAUUGAAACACUUGACAUAUCUGGAUGACAGGCCAGUUUUUCCAAAGGACAGAGCUUGUGCAGAAGCUUGGGCUACAGGCGGCCGUGAGGCUGAAGAAAAAGAAAGAGAAAUGUGGGAGACCAAAGAAAGGAAGAAGAUCCUGGAGAGCAUCGAUGCUCUCACUGCAAUCCGGCAAAAGGCCAAGGAGAAGAAAAGGCAGCGGGAGAUGGAGGAAAGAAAAAGAACACUAGAUGGCCAACAAGAAGGUGAAAUCCCAUCUCCAAGCAAUAACAUUGUCACCAGUAAUACAGCAGAGUCUUUGGAUACUUUGGAGAAGUCAGAAACAAAGCAGAAGAUUGAGAAAUUUGUGAGAGAAAGCAUGGAUGCCCAUGAGGAAGGCUUGGCUGCAGCAGAAAACUUAGAAGACCAGUUGGGUAGACCAGAGAGGAGUCAUGGGGAAAUGCCAGUAGACAAGAUGGCUGCACCAGGACCAAUGCUUACCGAACUCCCUGAUCCAGCACACAUUGAAGAAAUUAAGCUGGAUACACCAGAGAAGCUUUUCCUAGAUGAAUUGCCUGAUUUGGAAGAUGUGGAUACCAAAAGCGAAGCUUUGCUGGAGGAGGAGAGCUUCAUUAGAAAGCAAACUUCUCCUCCAAAGAUUGAAGUGAUUUCCGAAUCAAAUGAAGGCAAAGACUGCAUUGUUGAGGGAAACACACUAAUUUCUGGGAACAUUGUGACCGAAGAGAUCCCAACCUCCAUCUUUUCAAAUGAGGCUGGUUCAAAAGAAGCCCUACAGCCCUUCAUAACUGACCUUCUAGCUCAAGAAAAAGCAGACAUUGAAACCAAAAUACACCCAGCAAAACCUCUCAGGCCCUUAAUUGAAGAGAUUACUCCAGAACCUUUGGAUCCAUCAUGGAAGUUAUCACCAUGCAAAGAAGAAGACAACCAGGUAGACCUUGUGGAAAGUGAAGAGGAACUUUCUGCAUCUCCUCCAUGAGGUAAAAUUAUACAUGCAUUGCAAAGACCUGAUAAUGGCUCCUACUGUUUGCUUGGGGUUUUAAUAGCAUAAGGAUAAAACUCACCUAUUACCCAUCCUGGCUUGUGCAGAAGUUCGGUUUCUAGCAUGUUAGCUAUCUUUUUCACACCGCUGUGACUGGUGGCAGAGUGACAGUAUUGACGGGAGGUUUAGAGUUUCCUGUUUUGCAAACAGUAAGCAUCAAAAGUCCUUCUACAUCUCGCAACUAUGAAGAUUCAGUAUCACCAAGCCAGAUAACUACCAUUGAAAUUAUAAAGCCAAUUCCCCUUUAGUCUCUUGCAUUUUUGUGUAAAUGGGUAAAUGUUAGUAUAAUCUGACCAAAGCGAUGUGCAUUUUAAGUUUUACAAAGUGCCUUCUUUAAACAUGCUCCAGUUUUGUUGGAUUGUGCACACAGAUUGUAGUUAGUCAUUGUGUUUUCUCUGUUUGUUUCAACUACUGUUUAUGGCAGUAAAAGUUUUUGUUCUCA